UAAACUGUCAAACAUCAAACAUGGUUUCUAUGGCGAAAAAAUUGAAAAAAGUUCGUUGACUCAUUGUUUUCAUAGUUUAUUGCGUUUAUAUUUAUUAAUUCGUGUAAAGUGCACAUAAACAUGUCGAAUUUCGAUUUAAACUCGAUCAAUUCAGCGCUGUCUGAUUCCGGCAGGCCGAUUAGUGGCGUGGAUUUUUCUGGAAAAUCCUUAAAAUUGGACACUGCAAAUGAUGCACAACCAAUCGUGGACGCCAUCAAUGCCUGCCCAGACCUUCAAUACCUUACCCUCACGGGGAAUACCCUGGGAGUGCCGGCAGCCGAGGCUAUAUCCAAAGCGUUGGAACAUCACCCUGAGCUGAAGAUAGCCAGGCUUUCUGACAUGUUCACCGGCAGGAUGAAGACUGAAAUACCACCGGCUUUGGCAGCACUAGGAGAUGGUAUGAUAACAGCGGGGGCCAGGCUAAGCGUGUUAGACCUCAGUGACAAUGCUUUUGGUCCCAUAGGAGUGGAGGGACUUGCAAAGUUGCUGCAGAGUGAUGUCUGCAGUGAGUUGGAGGAACUCAGACUAAACAACAACGGUCUCGGCAUUACCGGGGGCCGUCUUCUAGCUAAAGCACUCGCCUCACGUCCUCGUAGACUGAAGAUAUUCAUAGCUGGUCGGAACAGACUGGAGAAUGAUGGAGCCACGGCAUUGGCUAAGGUUUUCCAGAACAUGGGCACACUAGAAGAGCUAGCGAUGCCUCAGAACGGUAUCUACCACGUGGGAGUCGCGGCGCUGUCCGACGCCUUCCGACACAACCCGAACCUCGCGCGGUUGAACCUCAACGAUAAUACCGUCGCCGCUAAGGGUGCCCUGGCCAUCGCUGCUGCUCUACCCAAAUUGAAAAACCUGAAGUGUAUCAACUUUGGUGACUGUCUACUGAAGAGUAAAGGUGCAUUGGCGUUGGCGAAGGCAUUCAAAGAAAACUCGUUACUUUUAGAGUCUCUAGAUCUAAGCCACAAUGAGAUAGGACGCGAGGCUUGCAUGCAGAUAGUGGACGCCGUCACAGCUUUACCCGACAGCGCGGAUAGGCUCAGCAGAGUUGUUCUAGCUGGUAACAGUCUCGGCGGAGCGAACAACAAGAAGAUAAUGAGAGACAAAUUAGGCGCUUCGGCCGAACUGAGCGACGGAGAAGGCAGUGACGAUGAAUACGUAACAGAUUCAGAAGAAGAGAACUCCAAUUCAGAAGAAGAAGAAGAAGAUGAUGAGGAGUCACAGAAUUCAGAAGACAGCGCCACAGAGGAUGCUCAGCAUGACACGCUCACCAACUUUGCUGAUACCAUCGCACUGGACACCUCAGGUGUACAAGAAAUAGAGACGGAUGUAGGAAGGUUCUUAGCACAGCCUACACUAGAAAACUUAGAAAAACUAGGACCAAAUGCGGCCGAUGUUAUUGAUGUACAUUUACAGUCAAUAAAAGAACCCGCAGCCAUGAUACAAGCGUACGUCGACGCGACAUUCUGCGUCGCCGGCCUAUCUGAGAACGCGACCGCAUCACAAAUAGCCGAGCAAUUGUUCCCUAUAUUGAUAUCCCGAGCUACAAGAGCUCCGGCCAGCGCGUGGCUUCUAGCUAAUUCAUUCCUGACAGCACUGGCGCUUAUUAAGUCAGAAGAGAAACCUCAACGUCUCAAAUGGUCCCUCCCUCCAUGCUACCGCUUCGUCUCGCGCCAGCUGCUGAGCCCGACCGUGCCGCCCGCUCUGCGAGACACGCUGCGCUUCUUCGCGACCUCCAAGCGCGGCGCAGCACCGCUCGCGGACAUGCUGUGUCAGUAGGUUCCAACAGUGAUCUUCAAGCAAACAGAAGUACCUUUUAACUUAUAAUAAAUAUUAAUAAGAUAUCGUGUUGACCACCAAAUUGUAAUACAAGCAUUUUGUUAUCAUAAUAAUUUAUUGUUUUUAACAGAACUAUAGAAAAUAGUAAUGAGAUUGUUUCGACUUAUUAUUACACUAGAUUCUGCCAGCGGUUUCACCCGCAUCCCGUGGGAACUACUUCCCGUACCGGGAUAAAAAGUAUUAUAAAAAGUGAUUCCUCGAUAAAUGGGCUAUCUAACACUGAAAGAAAUUUUCAAAUCGGACCAGUAGUUCCUGAGAUUUGCGCGUUCAAACAAACUCUUCAGCUUUAUAAUAUUAGUAUAGAUUCGUCUAUAACAUAUCUUGGCUCAUUUUAACUUUCAAUAGUAUAGAUUAAAUACUAGACUCCAUUUAAGUAGGUACUAAACUAAACUUACCUACAAUCUUGAUAUAUUUUUAUUUGAAACUAGCUUUUGCCCGCGGCUUCGCUCCCGUCAACUGACUUCUCUACUUUACCCUAUUUUUUAUUUCUUCAUAAGAACCUUCUCCUGACAAUAACAAACACAACAAAAAAAGAAUUAGCCUAAUUGGUCCAGGCGUUGUUGAGUUAUGGGCUUACCAACACAUUUUGCGAUUCAUUUUUAUAUUAUAGAUAAAAUAUCAAUGUAGCUACAAUAAUAACAGUUACUUUAUCAAUUUCUUGAUAUUUAUAACAAAGAAUAAUGAUUUAUUGCAAGAUAUAAGUUAAGUUGAAAUAUUUACAACUAGCUGGUGCCCGCGACUUCGUCUGCGCAGGUUUAGUAUUUCGAACAAUAUGUUUACAAAUUGUAGCCUAUGUGUUAUUCUGAUGUAUAAGCUAUAUUAUUGUAAAGUUUCAUUAAAAUCCAUUCAGUAGUUUUUGCGUGAAAGAGUAACAAACAUCCAUACAUCGCUACAAACUUUCGCGUUUAUAAUAUUAGUAGGAUAAAAAUUAUAACUAUGUAAACUAUAUUUACUUACUUAAAAUUAUUAUCUACAACUAAAGAUCUAUAAACUAGAAUAAAUAAAACGAAUUUGUCACUUGAAUCACUAUUUACAGCAGUAGUUUAUUUGUUUAAUAUGUAUUUGUGUAAAAAAAACAUGUCAAGAUUGUUAUCUAUAGUCGAUUGCCUACUCAAAUGGAGUAUUCUCUUUUAUAUCUGAAUUUACUCAGUAACAGGGGCCCGAUUCUCUUAAUUUUACUUAAGCGCCAUUCGAUUCACAUUCGACUGCGAUCCAAUCCCGACUCGAUUACGAUUGAAGCGUAUGUGGCAUUCCGCUAUUUUUUCUUUGAAAUAAACGUUUUUAUCCUUUUCUGUCAUUCAAUAAUGAAUCAUUUUGUCCGCAAAUGAUUUACGAUUGCAAUAUGAUUGUAGAGCAAACUACCGUAUAGACCAAAAUCACUAAAAUAGCAGACCAAUCGCAAACCAAUCGAAUGUCGUUGGAAUACGAUUGGUCUUAUAUUAGUAGCAGAAUGCCCGAUAUGGUUAAAACUGUUAUUGCGAUCAUAUUGCGAUUCGAUUUCUAUUCGAUUUCGACAUUAUUAAUUUAGGAGAAUCGGGCCCCAGUUCGAAAAUAUACCAGAAUAAAUACUUUUUACACACACAAUUUGUAAAUAAUUUACAUAGAAGUACAGGAUACUGUGGUGGUAACUAAAUUACAUAUGAACUGUAAUUCAUAACGGGAGCAGUGUGCUGUGCACGCGAAGACGGCUGUUUUAUGACUAAUUUAGUUAUUAAUUAAAGAUAUUACACUUUUGUA